CGGGUAGUAGUAUGCGCUGCAGUAAACAGAGUUGAGGGAAGGGGGCGGUGACUUGAACGCCUCUUCUCGGGGGGGAAAAAAAACAAAAAAAAAAAACCAUCUCUGUUCCGACUAGUUCAGGUGCCCAAAGAAACAAAAGUGGACGCGUUCGCUUGUGCUGUGCCUCCUCGUCCGGGCGACUACCGCCGCCGCUGCUGCUGUGCCACCGCCCCCUCCAUUUACCUACCCGAGCCUUUUACAACAAAUCCGCUUCAAAUUGGACUCCCCGAACGGGAUUAUUUGUCACAAGAAGAAUUUUGGAGGUGAAAACAAGCGACGGAAGUUUGCGGCGUUCCCCCCCCCUCACGUCGUAUCCCUUCUUCCCGGUUCCUCCUCCCACUUUUCAAUUUCGUAACUCUUUAUUUUUUUUGUUUUGUAAAGAUAUCCCAGCACACGUGGCGCUAUUUUUGCGCUAUCUGCUAGGUGAGUGAUUCGAUUUUAUCUCGUCUUUUUAUUUUAAAUGUUUUGAAUCUCACUUCUGCGGCGGGGAAAUGUACCUGAACGCAACACAGGUAAGCGGAAGAACCAGGAAGUCAGCUCGACCAGACAGAAGCUGAACGUGGAUUCAAGUGGAUUUUAAUUUUUAAAAUUUUUUAUUUUUUGCACCUUCGACGAACUACUGAAUAUCCUCAGCAGCAUCGCAAAUAUGCGGCGAGAUGAGGCCUCUGUGGUUCGAAGGCAUCUCAUCUGUGGACCUGUAAACCUCACACACUUGCUCCUUGGAUUAUAGUUCCCCCUCUCAUGGGCACAAUACAUGGACUAGUGGCCCAUGUGUAGCAGGGCAUCAUCUGCAGCUCGUGGGAUCACAUAGCCCUAGACUUUUUUUGGGGGGUCAGAUUACUUCUCCAAAGGGCGAAGGGACCGGCCGCCUCUGUUGUCUCCCCUCAAAGCCGUCGACCCCCGUUACCUGAUGGCGUUGCUCAGGUUGUUCAGGAAGCCGGGGGGCAAUCUGGGGAAGUCCUACCAGCCCGGAAGCAUGCUGUCUCUGGCCCCCACCAAAGGACUGCUGAACGAGCCGGGCCAGAACAGCUGCUUUCUCAACAGCGCCGUGCAGGUCCUGUGGCAUCUUGACAUCUUCCGACGCAGCUUGAGGCAGCUACCUGGCCACUUCUGUUUAGGAGAGUCGUGCAUCUUUUGCGCAUUAAAGGGCAUAUUCUCCCAGUUCCAGCACAGUCGGGAGCGCGCGCUGCCAUCAGACAACCUGCGUCACGCCUUGGCGGAGACCUUUAAGGACGAGCAGCGCUUCCAGCUGGGCUUCAUGGACGAUGCCGCCGAGUGCUUUGAAAAUAUACUGGAGAGGAUCCACCUGCACAUCGUGCCUGAGGAGACUGACGCGUGCACCUCAAAGUCUUGCAUCACCCAUCAGAAGUUUGCCAUGUCGCUUUACGAGCAGUCAGUGUGCCGUAGCUGCGGGGCAUCCUCUGACCCGCUGCCGUUUAUAGAGCUGGUGCAUUACGUCUCCACCACUGCACUCUGCCAACAGACGUUUCAGCGCAAGGACGAUUCCUUUGGAGAAGUGUUACAAGCGGCGUGUACAGUCGGAGACCUUCGUAACUGUCCUAGCAAAUGCGGCCAGAGGAUUCGGAUCAGGCGUGUCCUCAUGAACUCCCCGGAGAUCGUCACCAUCGGCUUCGUGUGGGAUUCGGACCAGUCGGACCUGACCGAGGACGUGAUCCGCUCGCUGGGGCCUCACCUCAGCCUGUCUGCGCUUUUCUACAGGGUGACCGACGAGCACGCGAAGAAAGGCGAGCUGCUGCUGGUGGGGAUGAUCUGCUACUCCAGCCGCCACUACUGUGCCUUCGCCUACCACACCAAGUCCUCCAAGUGGGUCUUCUUCGACGACGCCACCGUGAAAGAGGUCGGCUCCAGGUGGAAAGAUGUGGUCAGCAAAUGUAUUAAAGGUCACUUCCAGCCUCUACUGCUUUUUUACGCCAACCCGAACGGCAGCGCCAUCGCGGCACAGGACGCGUCACAGCACAACCUGAGCCAAACGCAGUACAAGAACCCUGAGAAUGGAGAAGGUUUGACGUCUCCACUUUCGUCGCCCAAGAAGCUGGAACUGACCAAGGAGAAUCUGAAUGCUCUGCUGGGUCUUCCAGCCACAUUAAAACCGAAAACCCCUUCCACCUUUAGCCACAACAGUGCCCAUACUAGUGGAGGACGGGGUGCAGUGAAAAUUGGCGGCAGUGAUCCCAAGCGUCAAUUCCGAGAGAUUGUCAGGGAAGCGGCGCAGCGAGCCAGCGGAGUGGCGCAUCCAGUCGGAAGAGACUCUGAUCCAAGCGGUCAGGGCCGGCCGGAAUCACGCUACACAGAUCCGGGUCAAGACCGCGUCUACUCGCGCUCUGCCUCCCCCCCGGAAAACGGUUUCAAGCAACACAUAGAGCCUCGUCUGUACAGCAGCCAGGGUAAAGGUACCACGCGGAAUGACCGCCCGCCCCAACUCAGCACCAGGCCUUCUCACAACUCCCUUCGCACCAGCUCGAGGGUUCGCGUGUUACCCAGCGUGCCCGUAGUGAGAAGCGCUCACGACAGCAGGAAAUCGGACACCAACGGCUACGACACUGACAGCAGCCAGGGCUCUCGCGGGCGUUCCGGCAGCGCGGGGAACGGUCGAAGCAGAUCCAGUCGUCCCUGGAAGCCCAUGCGAGAGGCGCUCAACGUGGACAGCGUGUUAAGUGGCGAUGCCGAUGCAGCCGGCCCGGAGCGGCGGCAGCAAAGCCCGCGGUGGGAGGAGCGCAAGCCCAAGAGCCUCAUGACCAUUUACGAGGACGACCAGAGGCACGACAGCGGCAGCAGCCGCGGCUCGCCGGACUCGCUCGGCCGGGGUGGCUUCAUUGACAAGGACAGGUCGAAGGGCACGGCCACUCUGAAAGUCUACAACGACAACUGGAAGUUCCAGCGCACGGAAUCCGGCUACGAGAGCAGCGACAGAAUUAGCAAUAGCUCUGCAAAUCUGGACUCACCUGUUGUGGAGAACUUUCCGUCCAAAGAACUACGGCCCAUACCUGAGCUGCACCUGAGCCGGGAUCAAUUCCCUCCGAGAGGAAGUGAUGACAACAUAUUGCCCGCUAUCUUUUCCACCGGUGAAGAAGGGCGAAAGUCCCCGGACCUGCGUGACUCAAACAAGCCUUUACAGAGAAAACGAGCCUUCCGAUACACUCCCGGAGUCUUACAAAGAAAUGGCCCCGACAGCGAAAGAGAAGAUAACACCGAUAGUCCGGCGAGCCCGGUGCCGCCUUACUUGACGAAGACCAGCAGUUCUGAGUGGAUCAGCUCGGACGACCUCGCCGGACCCUUCUCCGAACACGAAGACUCCCCCCCUCCGCUUCCCCCCAAACCCUUUGGUCGCGAUCACGCCGACCCGUCGGAACCGCCAGAAAUACCGGCCCGUCGGCCCCAAAGCGCCACGCCCGCGCUCUCGCACAACACCCUGAUCCGCUGGAUCGAGACGCCCGCCGAGCGCAGGCUCUCAUCCGACGGCGGCUCCGGCAGGUCCUCGGACCACGACCGCAACGACCUGUCGGCCGGGGAGAGCGAAGAGAGGCCCCCCGGCCGAGAAGACGCGGACUCCCCCGACGUGGUUCUUCCCACCACUUACUUCUCCGUGGAUAACUGCAUGACAGACACUUAUCGGGCCAAAUACCACAAGAGGCCCGCCUUAUACAUGAGAGCCGAGGAGCACACGUCUUCAGGGGAGAGCGACGUGGACGCCAGAGGACUUCCCGUUUCCAAUGCUGAGCCGUCAGAACUCCCCGCUGACCGACCGCAAGCAGGCUAUUCCGCUUCUAGCAAGCCCGUAGCAAAGUGGAACCCGGUGACCCCGAAAGGACUCGAUGAGCACGGGUUCGUGUAGGUGGAGCAAAAGCAACAACAAGCCUGUGACGGGAUGCCAAAACAACAACAACAACAAACCAAUCGCUAUGCAUUACGACUGUUGUACAGUUUGAAUGUCUUGAACACGAAUGUGGCAGCCGAGCAGAUUACCCCUGAGAGCAAGAUUGAAUAUUGAAUUUGCACAACCAGAAGGGUACCGAAAAAGGAAGUGUCCUCUUUUCACGGUUAUCGAGUCAAGACGACGCUGACUACUGAGUGAGUUUGUACUGUCCUGGCACAUUAAUGGAUCCUAGGGAUCCGUGGAAAUGGGUACACCCACAAAAGUGUGUGUGUGUGUGUGUGUGUGUGUGUGCGUGCGUGCGUGCGUGCGUGUGUGUGUACUGCGACACUCCAGAGCAGGGUUUCUCUAAUUUAGGGGUGAGACCCAAAAUGGGCCGAAGUGAUAAUCAGGUUUGAAUAUCUUCUUCCUGUUUGUUCUGUUAAUAAUAAAGGCCGGCACAUCAAGCCUCCUUAGGUGACUGGUAAUUCAUGCUUAUUAGUAAGUAUGUGGCACAAACAAAGUCUUAGCACUGGAUGACACUCCUUACUGUACAAACCUUUUUUUUUUUUUUUUUUUUUGUAGCAAAACACAAGCAUUUUAUUCUAGGUAGGUGUUGUCAUAAUAAAAUGUAAAUAUAUGUACUAUUUGUUCUUGGCUCAAAGUUCAAUAAAUGACGCAGUGCCUUUUUGUAUUAUUAUUAUUUUUUUAUUGUAGUGUCAAA